GGCACACACAAAAAGAAAAAUAAGAAACAUUGCUACGAAUAAAUGUUUUUCUAACUAAUCAUUAAAUAGAAACUGUUUGUGUUGAAAUAUUAGUUAAUUGCAUAUACAAUUUUUGGAAAGGAAUUAACUUGGAAGGAAUAAGAUGCAGCGUUUUAGAACAUUGACACAACUGAAAAACAGUUUACUGUUGCCCACAUUACGCACAUAUAGUAAAUCAACGAAAUUGCCGGAGUUAACGCAGGUACGACACAAGAUCAAGCGUGGCAAUUAUGCUGAAUUAAGUGGCAAAGAUGUAACCUUUUUUGAGUCGUUACUUGGCACUACCAAUGUUUUAAAAGACGGCGAAGAUGACUUGCAAGGUUACAAUGUGGACUUUUUGCGCAGUGUGCGUGGCAAUAGUAAAUUGGUACUUAAACCCGGCUCAACACAAGAAGUUUCCGAAAUUUUAAAAUACUGUAACGAUAGACGCUUGGCUGUCUGUCCUCAGGGCGGCAAUACCGGUUUAGUGGGUGGAUCAGUGCCAGUAUGUGAUGAAAUUGUUCUUUCAUUAGCUCGUCUUAAUAAAAUCAUUAGUAUCGAUGAAAUAACGGGAAUAACAGCCUGUGAAUCUGGAUGUAUAUUGGAAAAUUUGGAUGCUAAGACCAGAGAAUCUGGUCUAGUAGUGCCAAUUGAUUUGGGUGCUAAAUCAAGUUGUCAUAUUGGUGGUAAUAUAUCCACCAAUGCUGGCGGUUUGCGUGUCAUCCGUUAUGGCAAUUUACAUGGUUCUGUGUUGGGAGUGGAAGCGGUGCUGGCUGAUGGAAAAGUGUUAGAUCUUAUGUCGGAUUUUAAAAAAGACAACACUGGUUACCAUCUAAAACAUUUAUUUAUUGGCUCUGAGGGUACUUUGGGAGUGGUUACCAAAUUGGCUAUGUUAUGUCCACCCGUUUCUGAAUCUGUAAAUUUGUCUUUCUUGGCCUUGAAUUCAUUUGAUAGCGUUUUGCAGACAUUCAAAAAUGCCAAACGCCAUUUGGGUGAAAUAUUGUCAUCAUGCGAAAUGGUCGAUGCGAAAUCAUUGGCUGCUAGCUGUGAAAAUUUCAAUUUCAAGGCCCCCAUUGAAGGUUUUCCAUUCUAUAUGCUUAUCGAAACAUCUGGCAGCAAUGCUGAUCAUGACAUGGAGAAAGUCAAUAAUUUUCUGCAAUACAUUAUGGAGAAAGGCGAUGUAAUCGAUGGUACCUGCACCAACGAACCAAGUAAAAUGCAAGAAUUGUGGAAAAUCCGUGAAUUCAUUUCAACUGCUUUGACCAGGGAUGGCUAUUGCUUUAAAUAUGAUGUAUCUUUACCGCUACGUUCCUUCUACGAAAUUGUCAAUGUUCUCGAUAAACGUGUGGGUCAUAUGGCGAAACGUGUUUGCGGCUACGGCCAUCUGGGAGAUUCGAAUCUGCAUCUGAAUGUUUCCUGUGAGGAGUACUCGCCUGAACUGUACAAAAUGCUUGAACCCUUCGUUUAUGAAUACACAGCACAAUUGAAGGGCAGUAUAAGUGCCGAACAUGGCAUCGGUUUCCUUAAGAGAAAUUAUUUAAAAUACUCCAAAAAUCCCGAAGCUAUAGAUAUGAUGCGGAAAAUGAAAAACGUUUUAGAUCCAAAUUGUAUAUUAAAUCCUUAUAAAGUUUUAGGUGAAUUAAAUUAAGCUCAUUAUAAUAUAUUGUGGUUUUAUAUGGAUUUUGUAAAAUUUCUUUGGUAUUAAUUGUAUAUAAAACGUAUUUUGACAAAUUGUGUUUUUUUUUUGCAAUAAAACAAUGAACUGAAUAA